AGCUUAUAAGUAUCCAGCCGCUAGGGUUCGGACACCACUCUCAUCGCGACAUCCGUGGUCGAGGAAGCCGCCGCCGAUCUCUCCUCUUCUCCUCCUACUGUCUCUCGGUCUUUGUGUUAAGAAACUUGCAAUGGGAAAGGAGAAGGUUCACAUCAACAUUGUGGUUAUUGGCCAUGUCGAUUCUGGUAAAUCGACAACAACUGGACAUCUGAUUUACAAACUCGGGGGGAUUGACAAGCGUGUUAUUGAGAGGUUUGAGAAGGAAGCUGCUGAGAUGAACAAGAGGUCAUUCAAGUAUGCGUGGGUGCUUGACAAGCUGAAGGCUGAACGUGAACGUGGUAUCACUAUCGAUAUCGCUCUGUGGAAGUUUGAGACCACAAAGUACUAUUGCACUGUCAUUGAUGCUCCUGGACAUCGUGAUUUCAUCAAGAACAUGAUUACUGGAACCUCUCAGGCCGAUUGUGCUGUCCUCAUUAUUGAUUCGACAACUGGUGGUUUUGAAGCUGGAAUUUCUAAGGAUGGGCAGACUCGAGAGCAUGCACUUCUCGCUUUCACUCUUGGUGUCAGACAAAUGAUUUGCUGCUGUAACAAGAUGGAUGCGACAACCCCCAAAUAUUCCAAGGCAAGGUAUGAUGAAAUCAUCAAGGAGGUUUCGUCCUAUCUUAAGAAGGUUGGUUACAAUCCGGAGAAGAUUCCUUUCGUGCCAAUCUCUGGUUUUGAAGGCGAUAACAUGAUUGAGAGAUCCACCAACCUUGACUGGUACAAAGGCCCAACUCUACUGGAAGCCCUUGACUUGAUCCAAGAGCCCAAGCGACCCUUGGACAAGCCCCUUCGUCUCCCCCUGCAGGACGUGUACAAGAUUGGAGGAAUUGGAACUGUGCCUGUAGGCCGUGUUGAGACUGGAAUCCUGAAGCCUGGUAUGGUUGUUACCUUUGGUCCUACAGGUCUCACAACUGAAGUUAAGUCUGUGGAGAUGCACCAUGAGGCCCUUCAGGAGGCCUUUCCCGGUGACAAUGUUGGUUUCAAUGUCAAGAAUGUUGCUGUAAAGGACCUGAAGCGUGGUUUCGUUGCCUCGAAUUCCAAGGAUGACCCAGCAAAGGAGGCUGCCAACUUCACCUCGCAAGUCAUCAUUAUGAAUCAUCCCGGUCAAAUUGGGAAUGGCUAUGCUCCUGUUCUUGAUUGUCACACCUCUCACAUAGCUGUCAAGUUUGCGGAGCUUCUGACCAAGAUCGACAGGCGAUCCGGCAAGGAGCUGGAGAAGGAACCCAAGUUCCUCAAGAAUGGAGAUGCAGGUUUGGUGAAGAUGAUUCCGACAAAGCCGAUGGUGGUCGAGACUUUCGCCGAGUACUCGCCGCUGGGUAGGUUUGCUGUUAGAGACAUGAGACAGACGGUUGCCGUGGGUGUUAUCAAAAGCGUGGAGAAGAAGGAUCCCACCGGAGCCAAGGUUACCAAAGCAGCCCAAAAGAAAAAAUGAAGGGAGGAGAAUUCUGCGUUAAUAUUAUUUGGAGUGAUUUGCUGUCUUAGUAUGUGUCCUGGUCGUCUUUGUCAGUCCAUAGGCACUGUAUCUGGUGUCUGGGUGCAGAACUGGGUGCUCGACAGGCGGUGGCAGACAUAAGGUCUCCCUGUUGUACUGGUGUGUUGUUUGCAUUUCUCAUGAUAGUUUGAGAAUGUCUAUGUUCUGAACUGUGAUCUGCAGCGAGUUGCGAUGUGUCCCGUCAGGUAUAUGCACGAAUCCAUUUCGUAGUAUGAUCUGAUAUUUUACUAAAUAAAUCUGUCGGGUGAAGUCUU